GGUACCAUAAUCAUGAAGGUCUUUGUAGUGCUUGCAUUAGCGUUAGCUUGCGUUUCAGCAGCUUCUAUACCCGAAACUCCAGUUUCUCUUAAGGACUUAAACAAAGCUACAGUUAUUGAAGGUCGUAUAACCAAUGGACAUGAAGCUUAUCCCGGUCAAUUUCCUUACCAAGUUGGCUUAUCGCUAACAUCACCACGUGGAUCAAGUUGGUGUGGUGGUUCUUUAAUCGGCAAUGGAUGGGUGUUGACUGCUGCUCAUUGUACUAACGGUGUGUACUCUGUAACCGUUUAUUUGGGAAGCACUGUUCGCUCUGUUGCCAAAGUGGCUCACACUGUUAGCUCUAGAUCCAUUAUUCAACAUUCUGAAUAUAACCCCUACACUUUUGCUAAUGAUCUGUCUUUGAUCAGAAUUCCUGAAGUUACCUAUAGCGCUGAAAUUCAACCAAUUAGCUUACCAGCUAUUUCUCACGAAUAUUCAACCUAUGAGGGUAAUUAUGCCACCGCAUCAGGUUGGGGAAAAACCCAUGAUUAUAGUGGAGUUUCAACAACAUUGAAUUAUGCUUAUCUUCUUGUUGUUGCUAAUGAUGUGUGCUCUCAAUAUUAUGGCAACUCGCUUGUUACCGGCGGUACACUUUGUGUUGCAACGACUGAUGCUACGUCCACUUGCCAAGGUGAUUCUGGCGGCCCAUUAGUUUUGGACUCUCAACUUAUUGGUGUAACAUCGUUUGGUUCUUUAGCUGGCUGCCAAUUAGACAUUCCAGCUGGAUUUGUGCGUGUAACCAGUUACUUGGACUGGAUCCAGGCUAUCACUGGCAUAUACUACUAA